AUGGAAUUGGAUGCUAUAUCCAUGCUUACAGCUCAAGUAGCAGCCUUGACAAAGCAACUACAAAAGACUGCACUCCCAUCUGAAGCUAUGCAAAUUCAAAACCUUUGUGAAGUGUGUGGUACAACUCAUCAACCCAACCAAUGCCCUGCUAUAGAUAUAAAUAACAUGCCCAUGGAAGAAGUACAAGCUAUAGGAAAUUACCAAAGACAACCUAAUAACCCCAAUUCCAUGUCUUACACCCUAGUUUGGAAGAAUAAUCCUAAUUUCUCCUGGUUUAACAAUCAAAAUACUUUACAACCUUAUCCUCCACCUCAGCCACAGUAUCAACCUGCCCAAAAUAGACCACCAUAUCCACAACAAUAUGCACACCAAAACCGUCCACCUGGAUAUUAUCAACCACAAAAUAAACCACCUCACCCAAUGCCAAUGAAACUAGCUAAACCUCAACCUAAUUGCCAAGCUAUUACUUUGAGGAGUGGAAUGAGAUAUGAAGGGCCAACUAAGAAUCAGUCAGAAGAAGAAGAAGGUCAGAAGGGAAAUACACAAGGUAUUGAAGAAAAGAAGUUUAAUGAUGAAAUGGUUACUGAAGACCUUAAGAAAGAAGAGGAGACUCCACCUGUGAGUAUUGAGAAACAUGUUAGAAUUCCAUAUCCACAAAGACUUCGUAACCAAAAUUUAGAUAAACAAUUUGCAAAGUUUUUAGAGGUGUUCAAGAAGCUACAUAUAAAUAUACCGUUCGCAGAAGCAUUAGAACAGAUGCCCAGCUAUGUAAAGUUUAUGGAGGAAAUUCUUUCUAAUAAGAGAAAGAUGGGUGACUAUGAAAUGGUGGCAUUAACGGAAGAAUUAUUCCGUAGACUUGGUUUGGGUGAAGCUAGGCCAACCACAGUAACAUUGCAGCUGGCUGAUAGAUCUGUGAAGCAUCCACGUGCAACUGGGCAAGCAUUGAUAGAUGUGCAAAAAGGAGAGUUAAAGCCUAGAGUUCAAGGGGAAGAAGUAGUAUUUAAUAUGUUUAAGGCUAUGACUUAUCCUAAAGCAAGUGAUAGUUGUUUCUCAGUUGAUGUGGUAGAAGAAGUAGUAGGAAGAAAAGAAUUAAUUGAGGAUCCUCUUGAAUUAAGUCUUAUAGUUGAUGAUGUAGAUGGUGAGGAAAAUGAAGAAGCGAUGAGUUAUUUGAAGUGGAUAAAAUCAUCUGAGCCAUGGAACCAUAAGAAAUUUGAAGAAUUGGGUGAGGGACCGGAAAUACCAUUACCAUCGAUUCUGAAGCCACCUGUUUUAGAACUGAAAGUUUUACCAGACCAUCUCCAUUAUGCUUAUCUUGGGGAAAAAGAGACUCUUCCGAUUAUAGUUUCAUCAUUUCUUUCAGAAGUACAGGAGGAUAAGUUGUUGAGGGUGUUAAGAGCUCAUAAAACUGCUAUAGGGUGGACUCUGGCUGAUAUAAGAGGAAUUAGCCCAUCGAUAGUUAUGCAUAGAAUUCUCAUGGAAGAUGAUGCGAGACCGACUAUUGAUGCUCAAUGA